AUGAACGUUGUAACCACUACUAUUAAUAAGAAUACUACUAAACCAGUUGUUGCAAUAGUUGCUGCCUUAUUACCUAAAUAUGGUAUCGGUUAUAAAGGUAAAUUACCAUGGAAAUUAAAAAAGGAAAUGGAAUAUUUUAAAACAGUAACUACGUAUACUAAAGAUCCAUCGAAAGUGAAUGCUGUAAUUAUGGGUAGGAAAACAUGGGAAUCGAUUCCUAAAAGAUUUAAACCAUUGCCUAAUCGAUUAAAUGUAAUUAUAUCAAGACAGUAUAACAGAACGCUUGCUGAAGAAAAUAUUAAAGAAAAAAAUAUUGUAAAAUAUAAUGAUUUACAACAAAGUAUUAUCGAUUUACAAAACAGAGUAGAUAUUGAACGUAUAUAUAUAAUAGGUGGCGGUGAAAUUUAUAAUCAAACUUAUGGGAUAUGCUCACAUUUAUUGAUAACUGAGAUUACCAAUACGAAUAAUAGUAUGAACUUAGAAAUGGACACCUUUUUAGAUAGAGAUAAAAUUGAUAGUAGUUUCAUCAAAGAAACUAAUGAAACGAAGUGGUUUGAAUUUAUUCAUCAACACAAAGAUUUUAAUAAAGCUACUGGUUAUAACGAUAACGAUUAUUCUUUUGAUUUCACGUUAUAUUAUCAUAAAUGA